AUCAUUAUGUUGAAUGACCCUUCACCAGCCCAACAACGAUACUGCUGGUGAAGAUAAUCAAAACCAAAACCCAAACCCUUUGAUUUUCCGAAUACCCUUUUGGAAAAAGCAUCGAUUUUUGUUGAAAUAACAAGAAUCACGAAGUGGGUUUCUGAGGAAAAUUGAAUUGGAAAAAUGGGGGCUUGUGGGUCUAAACCUAAAGUCUCUGGUGAUCUUAAAACGAAGAAGAUGAAUAAUCAUAGUCAUCGUAGGAAAAGAAGAAGGAUUCUUCGAAGAAGGGUUUCUUCUCAUAAAAUUGAGAAUAAUGUUGCUAACUCUAAUUCUGGGUUGCAGACUUCGAAUCGUGCUUCAGAUGCUGCUUGGUUUGAUUCUAUUUCAGCUUUAGAUUCUGAAUGUGAUGAUGAGUUUUACAGUGUCUAUGAUGGAGAAAUUUCUGCGAGUCAUGCAGCUGAUGAUAUUGGACAGGAAAGAAGACUAACUCCUGAUCAUUGUGGAAUUCUGCAAAAUAAUUGUUUGCCUUGCCUUACUUCUUCUAAUGCCCCUUCUAUCGAGAAAAAGAAGCCAAUGAGUCCCGACACGGCGAGUGCGCGAAGAAAGUCGCUUUCCAAACUGUCCUUCAAGUGGAGGGAAGGGUCUUCUGACAUGGCAUUACUUUCCCCUAAGGCGUUCAAACAAAAACUAGUAGCGGGUUCGACUAUUCCGUUUUGUUCAAUUGAGAAACAACUUCCAGGUACUUGGUCACCACUUGAGCCAAGUACCUUCAGAGUCAGAGGAAAAAAUUACUUGAGGGAUAAGAAGAAAGAAUUUGCUCCAAGCGGUGCUGCUUUCUAUCCCCUCGGUGCUGACCUCUUUUUGUCACCGCGAAAAAUUGAUCAUAUUGCUCGAUUUGUACAAAUUCCUGCAAUAAAUAUACCCGGGGACAUCCCUUCUAUUCUUAUUGUAAAUAUUCAGAUACCGUUAUAUCCUGCUACAAUCUUCCAAAGUGAAAACGACGGUGAAGGAAUGAAUGUGAUUUUGUACUUCAAAUUAUCUGAAAAAUAUUCUAAAGAUCUUUCAGACCAAUUUCGAGAAAAUAUCACUAAAAUGAUUGAUGAUGAAGUCGAGAGAGUUAAAGGCUUUCCUAUGGAUUCAAUCGCACCAUUCAGAGAUAGAUUAAAAAUUUUAGGUAGAGUGGUGAAUGUGGAAAAUCUUAAUUUAAGCGCGACUGAAAAGAAGCUGAUGAAUGCGUACAAUGAAAAACCUGUUCUCUCACGUCCUCAACAUGAGUUUUACUUGGGAGAAAACUAUCUUGAGAUAGAUUUGGAUGUGCACAGAUUUAGCUAUAUUGCAAGAAAAGGAUUUGAAGGCUUCAUAGAAAGACUGAAGCUUACUAACCUGGAUUUUGGUCUGACAAUUCAGGGAAACAAGCCAGAAGACUUGCCGGAGCAUUUAUUAUGUGCGAUUCGGUUGAACAAAAUUGACCACAGCAGUUUCAACCAGUUUGGUGUUUCAAGUUAAAGCUUAAACAUAAAAAGAGCUUUAAGCUUAAGCUUAAUGUAAUAUCAUAGUCAUUAUAUCUUAUAAGAAUGUUAAUCAUAGAAUAUUUUGAGAUGAGAUUCUGUGGCUAACUGCCAUAUGUAUGUAUGUAUCUUUGAAUUUCCUUGAUUCAUUGAUUAAGUUGUAGAAUGUAUAGUGAUGAGAAUCUUAAAUGAUUAAAUUGAAAAACAAAUAUUUAAUUA